AUGGAUUGGCUUCAGCUGUUCUUCCUCCAUCCUGUAUCACUUUAUCAAGGGGCUGCUUUUCCUUUUGCACUUCUGUUUAAUUAUUUCUGCACUAUGGAUUCAUUUUCCACCCCUGCCAGGUACCUCUUUCUCCUGGCUGGAGGCGGGGCCCUGGCCUGGGCUGCUAUGGGUUCCUUCGCCGUGCUUGUCCUCAUCCCUGCUCUGUGCGCCGGGGUUCUGAUUUCCUCUCUCGGCCCCCGGGAUGUCCACAGGUGGGCUUUCUUCUUUCAGAUGAGCUGGCAGACGCUGUGUCACCUGGGUCUGCACUAUACUGAAUACUACCUGCAAGAACGUCCUUCCAUGAGGUUCUGCAUCACUCUUUCCUCCCUCAUGCUCUUGACCCAGAGGGUCACAUCCCUCUCUCUGGACCUUUGUGAGGGAAAAGUGAAGGCAGAAGCAAGAGGCAUCAGGGGCAGAAGCUCUGUUCUUGAACAUCUGUGGAAGACAUUGCCCUAUUUCAGCUACUUGCUCUUUUUCCCUGCUCUCCUAGGAGGCUCCCUGUGUUCCUUCCAGAGAUUUCAGGCUCGUGUUCAAGGGUCCAGCAGUUUGGGUCCCAGGCGCUCUGUCUGGGCUCUGACCCGGAUGGGUCUGCAGAUUCUGGGCCUCGAGUGCCUAAAGGUGGUCCUGAGGAAGGUGGUGGGUGCAGGAGCAGAUCUGACUGACUGCCGGCAACUCCAGUGCAUCCGUGUCACGUGGUCCACAGCAGCGCUCUUCAAACUCACCUACUAUUCCUGCUGGAUCCUGGAUGAUGCGCUCCUCCAUGCAGCAGGCUUUGGACCUGAAUUUGGUCAGAGCCCUGCUGGGGAGGGAUACAUCCCUGAUGCGGACAUUUGGACACUGGAAACAACCCACAGGAUAUCCCUGUUCACGAGAAAGUGGAACCAAAGCACAGCUGGGUGGCUCAGACGCCUCAUAUUCCAGCACGGCAGGGCCUGGCCGUUGCUGCAGACAUUUGCCUUCUCUGCCUGGUGGCACGGGCUCCAUCCAGGACAGGUGUUUGGUUUCCUCUGCUGGGCUCUGAUGGUGGAAGCUGAUUACCUAAUCCACACCUUUGCCAACUUGUCUAUCAGAUCCUGGCCGAUGCAGCUGCUCUACAGAACUGUCACCUGGGCCCACACCCAGCUCAUCAUUGCCUAUAUCAUGCUGGCGGUGGAGGUCAGGAGCCUCUCCUCUCUCUGGCUGCUGUGUAAUUCUUACAACAGUGUCUUUCCCAUGGUGUAUUGUGUUUUGCUUUUUCUGUUAGCGAAGAGAAAGCAUAAAUUGACCUGA